CCGCCCGGCUCAGCCAUGACGCCACCUCCGGGCCCUGACGGCACUUGCGGCGCGCCCGGGCCGAGCGGAGCGGGAGCGGCGCGGGGGGCCCGGCGGGGCCGGGGCGCAGGCCCUGAGGAUGUCGGACGGGAUCCUGAGCAAGGCAGCCACCAUGGAGAUCCCCAUCAGCAGCAACGGGGACACCAGCAGCCUGCCCGAGGACGAUGGCCUGGAGCAGGACCUGCAGCAGGUGAUGGUGUCAGGACCCAACCUGAAUGAGACCAGCAUUGUGUCAGGUGGCUACGGGGGCACGGCUGAGGGCAUCAUCCCCACCGGCACCAUCAAAGGCCCUGGGCUGCACCCACCACCCCCCGGACCCCCGCCUGGUGGAGAAGAGGUCGUGCGCGGCAUUGCCGUUGAGAAGUUCGACAUUGUCAAGAAGUGGGGGAUCAACACCUACAAGUGCACCAAGCAGCUGCUCUCGGAGCGCUUCGGCCGGGGGUCCCGCACAGUGGACCUGGAGCUGGAGACCCAGAUUGAGCUGCUGCGUGAGACCAAACGCAAGUACGAGAGCGUCCUGCACCUGGCACGGGCGCUCACGGCCCACCUCUACAGCCUCGUACAGACCCAGCACGCCCUGGGGGACGCCUUUGCUGACCUCAGUCAGAAAUCCCCUGAGCUCCAGGAGGAGUUUGGGUACAACGCGGAGACGCAGAAGCUGCUGUGCAAGAACGGGGAGACGCUGCUGGGCGCCGUUAACUUCUUUGUGUCCAGCAUCAAUACGCUGGUCAACAAGACCAUGGAGGACACGCUCAUGACAGUGAAGCAGUAUGAGACGGCCAGGUUGGAGUAUGACGCGUACCGCACGGACCUGGAGGAGCUGAGCAUGGGCCCGCGCGACGCCGGCGCUGUGAGCCGCCUGGACGCUGCCCAGAGCCAGUUCCAGAGCCACAAGGACAAGUACGAGAAGCUGCGGGCAGACGUGGCCAUCAAGCUCAAAUUCUUGGAGGAGAACAAGAUCAAGGUGAUGCACAAGCAACUGCUGCUGUUCCACAAUGCCAUCUCUGCGUACUUUGCUGGGAACCAGCAGCAGCUUGAGCAGACCCUCAAGCAGUUCAACAUCAAGCUCAAGACCCCUGGCGCUGAGAAGCCCUCCUGGCUGGAGGAGCAGUGAGCUCCCUGUGCCCCCCCCAGAUGGAGGAGCACACAUGGACCUCAGUUGUGGCCGGGGGCUCAUGGGGGCCACAGCCCAGGCCUGCUCUCGGAUGAGGGGGGCCACCAGGUAUGGGGAGGUGCCAGUGGGUUGGGUCCCCCCUCAUCCCACAGCCCCUGCUCAGGGCAGGGUGCAGCAGCUCCUCAGCACAGGCCCUACACAGCAGACAGCUGGAGCCCCCCCUGCCCCUGACACUCCUAAGGGGGCUCGCUGGGCUGCUGCCCCCAGACACCUUACUCACCUUGGGGUGAGCCAGGGCCUUCCACUGUCCCCCUGUGCCUCGCUGGGGCAGGAUGAGGGCGUGCCCCUCCCAGGCCCACUGCCAGCUUCCACCCAGAGAGCCCCCUGCCCUGGGGCACAGUGGAGCUGGGUGGGGGUGGCACCGGGACAGCUGGGCCCCCCCUGUGCCAGGGAGAGGCUGUGGGGCCUCCCUGCUGGACCUGGCACGCAGGGGGGCUCCCGCUGUGCCUGCCAGUGCCAGGGACACCCUGGCCCCCCUCCAGGCUGUUCCCAGGUGUUUCCAGCCAGGCCGCUCACGCACUCCUGAUUCACAGGGGGCUGCACCCCCCAAAGACCCCCCUGCCUCCCUGGGGCUGUGGCAUCCUGGGCUGGGCUGGUGAGGGCUCCCUGUGCCCUGCUGCUAGUGGCAGGGGGGGUCGCUGGCCAGGCACAGGUCCAUGGCACUCUGAGAGAGGAUGGGGGACUCCAAGCAGGGACCAAAUGUCCGUGGGGCACAGGGGGUGCACGCGUGUCCAUGCAUGUCCGUGUGUGGGCGCAUGCCUGUCCUGGGACUGGGGCACAUGUGCUGCACACAGGGGGCUGGGGUCCCGGCCCGGGUUCACCCCCAAGCCAUGAGGGGCCCCCGCCUACCCCCGCACUUGGGCACUUUCUCCUGAGACAAAACUGUUGGUUUUUCUUGCUCAUUAAUUUAACUGAUAAUUUAAUGUCGGGAUCCGACUUCCCCUGCCCCGCCCUGGUGACGGUCUGACCCCCCAACCCUCUGACUUCUGUAAAAUCGCGAAUAAAUGGUACAGAUCAGUGUGUGCAGA